AGCUCAUACUGAGAGUACAGAAUAUGGGAUGGAUUACGGAGGAUUCUCUCUACCUGUUUAAAGACUCACUGGUCAAAAAAUAAUCUAUCCGACUGAUGAUUUUCAUCGCAGUCUGAACCAAACGCGUUGACUUUUUUUCCUCGGACCAUGCAGUUAUUCCAUACCUGAUUACACUCUCUUGGUAUCUUGUCGCCUUGUGCUUUUAUGAUUAAUUUACAGUUGCCGCACCAGAAGAUAUCAGCGCUAAUUAUUUAGGUCAUACAGAUGUGUGUUAUUUAUUUAUUCGCGCUGGAUGGGUAGGCGUGUGAACGGGGGGCAGGAUUUCCCCACUGAGCGCCGCCUCUCCAGAGCAGCAGUCAUCGGAGCUCGGUCAUUCAUCGUGGAGUUGGGGCUUACUGGCACAGCGCGAAGGUUCGGGAGCACUACACCAAGUCCACGACGGACAAGGUGCUGCUGAAAGUACUCAUUGCAUGGCUGUGACAAGCAGAACCAAUUAGCCUACAUCCAUUUUUGCAGCCGGGUUGUCCGAUUUAGACAGGCAAGCGACGGAGAGGUGUUUUUUUUUCUCUGCACACUGCGUCUCGCGGUGGACCCGGGAAUGCAGACAGUCACGGGCGCCUCAUCUCCACUGAGCUCGUGAAUGGAAAGCGUUUAUAGCCCGGACCGCUACCUCUCCAUCCAUACAGCGAGACCCCGUGUUUUGUGAUUAGGCGUGUGGUCACCGGAACCGUUGCCUCCGGGACGCACACGGCUGGUGGAAGAUGGAGGCGUUCUUUGCUGAGGGUGCCCGUGUGUGGGUACGACAGGCUGGGGAGAAGGAGCAGCUGGUCCCCUCCACUGUCAACUCCUGUGCGGACGGCACCGUGGUCGUCACAACUGACUAUGGAGAGGUGUUGUACCUGCCGCAGGCGGAGGUGACGAGGGAGACGGUGUUACCCAUGGACCAGAGCAGCAUAGAUGGGGUGGAGGACAUGUCUGCUCUGGCUGAUCUCCACGAAGCCGCCAUCAUGCUCAACCUCUACCAGCGCUAUAAGAAGGACAACAUCUAUACUAACAUCGGCUCCAUCCUGGCAGCAGUGAACCCCUAUAAGCCGAUCCCGGGGCUCUAUGACCCGUCUGCAGUGGAGCUCUACAGCCAGCACCACCUGGGGGAGCUACCGCCCCACAUCUUCGCCGUGGCCAAUGAGUGCUACCGCUGUCUGUGGAAGAGACACGACAGUCAGUGUGUGCUGAUCAGUGGAGAGAGUGGUGCAGGUAAGACAGAAAGCACGAAGCUGCUGCUCCAGUUCCUGUCGGUGAUGAGUCAGAACUCAGCAGGAACCCCCCCCUCAGAGAAGACCACACGCGUGGAGCAGGCCAUUGUACAGAGCAGCCCCAUCAUGGAGGCUUUUGGGAACGCCAAGACUGUUUACAACAACAACUCCAGCCGCUUUGGGAAGUUCAUCCAGCUGCACUUUUCCGAGAGUGGGAACAUCCAUGGAGGCUGCAUCGUCGACUAUCUGCUUGAAAAGAAUCGAGUGGUAAGGCAGAACCCAGGAGAGAGGAACUAUCACAUAUUCUAUGCACUUCUAGCUGGAACCGGGAAAGCUCAAAAAGAAACGUACUUCUUGUCGGACCUUCCUGAGUCGUUCCAUUACCUGAGCCAGUCUGGCUGUGUGAAGGACAGGAGUCUGGAUGAUAAACAGAUGUAUGACAGCAUCAUGGAGGCUCUGAAGGUGCUGGAGUUCACUGAGGAGGAGAUCAGAGAUAUGUUUAAGCUCCUGUCUGGAGUUCUGCAGAUGGGCGACAUAGAAUUCAUGACAGCAGGUGGCGCUCAGAUCACAUCAAAACAAGUGGUCAGUAAUGUGAGUGAGCUGCUUGGCCUGGACACCUUCCAGCUGUCCGAGGUUCUGACCCAAAGAUCCAUGAUCCUCAGGGGAGAGGAGAUCUGCUCACCUCUCACUGUAGAGCAGGCAACAGAUUCGCGUGACUCGGUUGCCAUGGCACUGUACUCCCAGUGUUUCUCCUGGAUCAUCAUGAAGAUCAACCAGAAGAUCAAAGGCAAAGACAACUUCAAGUCUAUCGGCAUCCUCGACAUCUUCGGCUUCGAGAACUUUGAGGUGAACCGAUUUGAACAGUUCAGCAUCAAUUACGCCAACGAGAAACUGCAGGAGUACUUCAACAAGCAUAUCUUCUCUCUGGAGCAGCUGGAAUAUAACAGGGAAGGGAUUCAGUGGGAGGCCAUAGAUUGGAUGGAUAACGCUGAAUGCUUGGAUCUGAUCGAAAAGAAACUGGGCAUGCUGGCUUUGAUUAAUGAGGAGAGCCGCUUCCCCAAAGGCACAGACUUCACCCUGCUGGAGAAACUACACAGCAGACACGCAACCAACCCUUACUAUGUGAAGCCCAGAGUUGCAGACCACCAGUUUGGCAUCAAGCACUAUGCAGGAGAGGUGUUGUAUGAUGCGAGAGGAAUCCUGGAGAAGAACAGAGACACGUUCAGAGAUGACAUCCUGAACAUGCUCAAAGACAGCAGGCUGGACUUCAUCUAUGACCUGUUUGAGCAAGUGGCCAGCAGGAACAGUGAGGAGACACUCAAGAUGGGCACCGCCAGACGCAAGCCCACCGUCAGCUCCCAGUUCAGAGACUCCCUACAUUCUUUAAUGGCUACUCUGAGUGUCUCCAACCCCUUCUUUGUCCGCUGCAUCAAGCCCAACAUGGAGAAGAACCCAAGCGUGUUUGACCCAGACGUGGUUCUGAAUCAGCUGAGGUACUCCGGUAUGCUGGAGACUGUCAAGAUCCGACGAGCUGGGUUCCCGGUCAGGCGAACCUUUAAGGACUUCUUCAGCAGGUACAAGAUCAUCCUGAAGGGCAAAGCUGCGGCCACUGCAGCCGGAGAUGAGAGGAAGAAGAGCACAGAUCUGCUGACAUUGUACGACAAGAUCAAGAAAGAGUGGCAGCUAGGGAAGACUAAGGUGUUUAUGAAGGAGUGUCUGGAGCAGCGUCUCGAGAAGGAGAGAGAGGUGGUGCGCAGCAAAGCCGGCCUGAUCAUCAGAGCAUACAUGCUGAGAUACACCGCCAGGAAGUUCUAUAAGAAGGCCAGAGCUAGCAUCAUCACCAUCCAGAAGAACCUCCGGGCCUGUCUGGGGAGACGCAAGUUUGAGCGGAAGCGCUCGGCCACGCUGGUCCUACAGAAGCACCGCAGAGGACAGCUGGCCAGGACGAGGUGCCGCAAGCUGCGAGAGGAGAAGAGGAAGAGGGAGGAGGAGGAGAGGAAGAAGAGGGAGGAGGAGACGAAGACAACGGAAGGAGAGGGGCAAACACAGGAGGGUGUCACAGCCAGACAGGAAGGGGAGGAGAAAGGAGCCGGAGCAAAGCCUGAGCGUCCCGUGUCCGUUGAGGAGGAGGCCCGUCAGAUGGAGGAGAUUCUGCGUAUUGAGCGUGAGAUCGACCGCCUGCAGAAGCAGCGCGAGGACGGCGUGUCUCUGCUGUGCGAGAGCUCCCGACAGGAGCUGCGUCUGCGUCGCGACGCCGAGGUGCUACGCCUGAAGAAGGAGACCUCGCGCAAGGACCUUAUCAGCUUCCGCAGUGUCGACGGAGCAGACUUUUCGUUGCUCGCUGAGCCCAGCAAGCCCGGUCAGCUGCCGGGGCCUGCUCCACCCGCACCGGGGAUCCCCACCAAGGCCAAGACCCCUAGCACUGCAACUACCGCGGCAACCAGGGUGAAGACGUCAGAAGAAGAAGUGGAUGAGGGUUUCCAUGCCGACGACGAGUGCAUCCCCUUGCCGGACAUUCCGCCUCCGGCCACGGCCCCGCUGGACCAUGAGAUUCUGGCCACCCUGCCACCUCCCCCAGCCGCGUUUGCAGAAGGCACAGUGGCGUCCUCUGGUGGUGGUGAAGGUGGCAGCGGCACAGCCCCACCUCUGCCUCCAGGUGGAGCAGCUGCACCUCCUCCACCACCUCCCCCACCUCCUCCACCCUUACCUGGGGAGGCUAUGCCAGAGCAGCCCCCUGCCUCCACCGGCGAAGGGGAGAAGGAGGACCAGGCGGACAGGAGCAGCAGGCUGACGGUGGCUGAAUCGCUCCCCGACACGGAAGAGCCCAUCUACAGCCUGCCGGCGGACACAGAGUCAGACUACGACCAGGACGAGAUGGAGGAGGCCCAGGCGGCCAGUAACGCAGACGCGGGCAGUGGCAUCGUCAUGACGGAGGAGGAGGUCCGCAAGUCUACCUGCACCAACGCCAGCCUGGACUCCUAUAAAGGCAGCUCCGACUCGUAUGUGGAGAGCGAUGAUGAGCAUGAUGGUUAUGUGGACACGGAUGAGGAGCUGUCCUCCAAUGGUAAAGUCCAUGUGCUGAACGGUAACGGCCCACCAUACUUCCACUGCUACCUGUACAUGAAGGCUGGUCUGAUGAUCCCGUGGAAGCGUCGCUGGUGUGUCCUGAAGGACGAGACCUUCAUGUGGUUCCGCUCCAAGCAGGAGUCCCUGAAGAGUGGCUGGCUCUAUAAGAAGGGCGGGGGCCUGUCCACUCUGUCGCGCCGCAACUGGAAGAUGCGCUGGUUCGUGCUGCGCGACUCCAAGCUCAUGUACUUCGAGAACGACAGCGAGGAGAAGCUGAAGGGCACCAUCGACAUCCGCGUCGCCAAAGAGAUCGUGGACAAUCAUGAGAAGGAGAACGCUCUGAACAUAGUGACGGAGGAAAGGACCUACCAGGUGUUUGCAGAGUCACCUGAGGAUGCCAGUGGCUGGUUUAAUGUGUUAAGUCGGGUGCAUUCAGCUACCCAAGAGCAGUUGAUGGAGAUGUCUCAUGAGCAAGCUAACCCAAAGAACGCAGUGGGGACUCUGGACGUUGGGCUAAUCGACUCAGUCUGUGCCUCAGACAAUCCUGACCGGCCCAACUCAUUUGUGAUCAUCACGGCUAACCGCGUGAUCCACUGCAACUCCGACAUGCCCGAGGAGAUGCACCACUGGAUCAGCCUGCUGCAGAAGCCCAAAGGCGACUCCAAGAUCGACGGGCAGGAGUUCCUCGUCCGAGGCUGGCUACACAAGGAGAUGAAGACAGGAGCCAAGAUCACAUCUCUCAAGCUGAAGAAGCGCUGGUUUGUCCUCACCCACAACUCCCUGGACUACUACAAGUCGUCCGAGCGCAGCGCCUCCAAGAUGGGCACGCUGGUGCUCAACAGCCUCUGCUCCGUGGUGCAGCCAGAGGAGAGGGUCUUCAAGGAGACCGGCUACUGGAACACCACUGUUUACGGCAGGAAGCACUCCUACCGCCUCUACACUAAGAUGCUGAAUGAGGCCAUGAGGUGGGCGUCCGCCGUCCAGGGAGUCAUCGACAACAAAGUGCCCAUUGAGACGCCCACGCAGCAGCUUAUCAGGGACAUCAAGGAGAGCAGCGUGAACUCUGAGGCUGUGGAGCAGAUGUACAGGAGGAACCCCAUCCUCAGAUACACCCAGCACCCCUUACACUCCCCUCUCCUGCCCCUGCCCUAUGGAGAGGUCAACGUCAGCCUCCAAAAGGAGCAGGGCUACUCCAGUCUCCAGGAUGAGGCGGUGAAGAUGUUCAACUCGCUGCAGGAGAUGGAGACUGUGCCCGACCCGGUGCCCAUCAUCCAGGGCAUCCUGCAGACUUGUCAGGACCUGCGCCCGCUCCGCGACGAGGUCUACUGCCAGGUCAUCAAGCAGACCAAUCACGUGCCCCACCCAAACAGCCCGGCCAAUCGCGCGCUCUGGCACCUGCUCACCUGCAUGAGCUGCACCUUCCUGCCCAGCCGAGCCAUCUUGCGCUACCUGCGCUUCCACCUGAAGAGGAUCUCUCAGCGUUUCCCUGGGACGGAGAUUGAGAAGUAUGCCCAGUUCAUUGGGGAUUCUCUGAAGAAGACCAAGUCCAGGGAGUACGUGCCGUCUCAGGAGGAGAUCGCCGCCCUGCUGGUGAGACAGGAGAUGACCACCACUGUGUACUGUCAUGGAGGAGGCUCCUGCAAGAUCUCCAUCAACUCACACACUACGGCUGGAGAGGUGGUGGAGAAACUGAUCAGGGGCUUGGCCAUGGAGGACAGCAGGAACAUGUUCUCCCUGUUUGAGCACAACAAGAUCACAGACCGUGCCAUUGAGAGCCGCAUCAUCGUAGCUGAUAUGCUAGCCAAGUUCGAGAGGUUGGCAGGAAGUGAGGAGGAGGAUGAGGAAGGCCCAUGGCGGCUGUACUUUAAGCUCUACUGCUUCCUGGACGUAGAGAGCAUGCCCAAAGAGGGGGUGGAGUUUGCCUUCAUGUUUGAGCAGGCCCAUGAGAGUUUGAUCAGCGGCCACUUUCCCGCACCCGAGGACACCCUGCAGCACCUGGCUUCCAUGCGGCUGCAGUAUCUCCACGGCGACAUGACGCCGCGCACCACCUGGAACCUGAACGCCGUCUACCCUGUGGGGCGGCUGCGCACGCGCGUCCUGCAGUCCACCAAGGCCGGCGCCGCCGCAGGCUCCAUCGGCACCAGUUCCGGAGGCCCCGGGGACCGCAGCUCGUCGGGCUCGGUGGGCCAAACGCUGGAGCGGCGCAAAAACAGCUUCCUGGACGGCACGCUGCGGCGCAGCUUCAAGACGGGCUCGCUGAAGAAGCAGCGCGUGGAGGAGGAGCAGAUGGAGAUGUUCGUGAAGGAGGAGACCUCGGCCACGCGCACCAGCAUCCUGGAGAAGUGGGCGAGGCUGCAAGGGCUCGUCCAGCACCAGGCCAUGCUCAACUACAUGACCAUCAUAAAGGAGUGGCCCGGGUACGGCUCGACGCUGUUCGACGUGGAGUGUAAGGAGGGUGGCUUCCCUCAUGACCUGUGGCUGGGUGUGAGUGCUGAUAAUGUGUCCGUCUAUAAGAAAGGCGAGUGCAAACCACUGGAGACUUUCCAGUACGAGCACAUCGUCUUCUUCGGUGCGCCACAACCCAGCACCUACAAGAUCACUGUGGACGAGAGGGAGAUGUUCUUUGAAACGCCACUGGUGGGAGAGAUCGCUAAAAUCAUGAAAGCCUACAUCAACAUGAUUGUCAAGAAGCGUUGCAGCGUCAUGUCCGUCUCCAGCUGUGGCAGCGCCUGGAACAGUUGAUCCACAUGGACCAAUCGGUGUGCAGCAUCCCAGCUCUGAGAGGGCGUGGCCAAAAAGGGCAGCCAAUCACAGAACAAAGCUUCUUUCUCUUGGAAGAAAAAGAACGAAAAACUAAAACACAUGGAGAUGUCCACCAGCUGACCACAGAAGCAUGAGCGCGAGAUACAAAAACACAAGAAGAGAAAGAGACACUCACACACAGACACAUACACACACACACCCACACACAAAGACCUUCUAAUACUGUCACCCUUGCUGAAACCUCUACUUGGUAUAUCCUGCCCUUGUAUGCAGCAAACCUGUCCCAGCUAGUACACUUUGAAUUAUUCUGUAUUUACCAGGACCAAUGUUAUCACAACAAAAAGCACAGCCAGUAUUUAUCCACUCACAAAAACCUUUCCCUUUCCUUCCCUUCACUGCCAAGGUUUUUACCAAAUGACCAAACCCACAUGCUUGCUCUCACUCCACGCCUGCACCUCUUUGAGUCUCACUCCAUAGGAACAAGGUCCUACCCUCAUCAGUCCUCAUCCAACACAGAGAACUUCUGACGAGAGAUUAGAGUUGGCUGCUGAGGAGUGAGCUUGCUUCUGACUGCACCUGACUGACAGACAUUGGAGUAAUCGGAGAUGGACGCCUGGAGACGCUCACGUGGUCUGUCGGGGGGCCUGGAACUAACACACAGCUUGCCCGUUCAUUCAGGAUUUGAGAGGAUCACCUGUGAGUCAUGAUUAUGGAGUAGUGCAUGGCGUCCAUUUUGAGAGGUCCUGUUUGUCAUCAGAAAGCAAUCUUGGGCCCUUGCAGUGAUUUUAUGAGGGCUGCUUAGCAAAAAAACAAAAAGGCCACAUUUGAAGAUAGAAAAGCAGUAUUUAGUUGCAGGAGAGUGAGAAAGAAAGUGUUGGUGUGAGAGAGUUGACGCUUCAUAUGUUCCUCUCUGCUUACCACGCACAAACACAACCUGAGCUGAGAGUGGUCAUUGUUUUAUAUUAAUUCAGAAGUCUAUAUAGAUUUGAUAGCCAUCGAGUCCCACUGUACAUAGGUUCCUCAUGAGAUGAUACUAAGUCUCUUUAACUCUGUAUGUUUGCAAGAAACAAACAAACAAAGACGGUAUUUAAAGUAUUUAUGCAGAUGCACAUACCACUGUCCGUGCCACAUGAGAGAGUGCCAUCACACUACAGUACGAGAGAAAGAAAAAAAGAGCAUGGAUGUACCUAAUAAAAGUACCUGCAUAGUAUGCGUCUAAACAGCUACCCUUUGCUUUGGACUGCUAACACUGAAACAGUUCAGUUGUCUCAAGAGCUGCAUUGAUUAGCCUAUAAACUGAGCCAUAUGGGGAGAAUAUGUCCUAUAUAAUUUCUGUACGAAUAACGACGUACGAUACUGAAAUCGUAUACAUGAUAUGUGUAUUACAUAGAGUUGUAACACUGGUUUGUAUGUUACAGUUUAGAAAGAGGUCCUGAUUACAGGGGAAGCUUGUGGAAGCAUCCAUUAUAUUCAAUGUAUUAAUUUAUACAUUUACUUAACAUGAUAGGUCUGGAAGAGAAUAUGUUUAGUGCAAACAAUGGCACACAUCAAUUCUCCUCCAUAUGAGAGUCUCACCUGCUAUAAAUGCGUGUAGAUUGCUACUGGGAGUUAGCCCUCUAGUGGAGAGCAGGGGUGUUAACUCUUUGUUCCAUAGCUGGUGGCAGAACGUGAUUUAAUGGUGCUCUCCAGGCACAAUGGCCUCCUCAUUCUCUCCUCAAAAAAUAGACUUUGUGAGGAAGUAGUAUAGUAUUCACAGUGCAAAUAGCAUUAAGUAACUGUGAGGCACUGAUAGCCAUGUCACAACAUUAAUAUGUGUAAUAUGGAGAGCGAUGUGAGAGGAAGUGGUUGGAUCACGUAACAGUAGAAGUCAUUUAAAUGUUUGUUGGCAAAGUCUACACGCUCAGUCAAAAUGGGUUGUUUAAAUACUUGUUUCAAUGUAAAAGUUCACAAGCAUCAUUUUGACUGGAGUGUGCCCUGAAAGGGACAGUUCAACCAGAAAUGAAAACGAUGCAAGUAUCUACUCAACAUCAUGCCAGUAAUCAACCACAAGAUUUAGGCUACUUAUCCGUGUAGUCAGGAAAACAUGAGUGGCUUGAAAGAACUGGCCAUCCUUCACUUCCAGUUUCAUUUGAAAGGACUAUGCUGCAGUAUAGGCUCAUGGCGCACUGAAAAGAAACCCAGUAUGGUUUUCUACUGACAUGAGAAUUUGUAGAUACUGACAAUUUCUUUCCCUUCUGAUGGAUAAUCCCUUUCAGAUAGAUGAAAGAAAGGAGAGUGGGAUUGAAUUCCCAUGCCUAAAGCUGCAACCGAAUCUCGAUGCCUUAUACAAACCGGCUGCCUCGGACACCCACUUGUGGGGUGGGUAGGAAGGUGGUGAUACACAAACCCCCUCAAAACAGCCUCAAGCAGAAUACACUCUUAGAACUGCAUCGGUUCUAGUUAGAACUCCCUGAUCAAAGGAUUCUGUGUAGAACCCAGUGUAGAACCAUUAUCAGCAUUACAGCAGAAUUCAGCUUUGAUGGUUCUAAGAAUGAGCUGAGAAACCUUCUCUUAAAGAGUGUAGUGUAUGUUUGUGUGUAUGUAUGGCACUAGUUAUGAAUGCAGGCAUCUGUAUCCAUCUUGAGAAUCUAGACAUACACUUGCAGCUUUAGCUCAAAAUAAUACCCCUCUCAACAAAGUCUUAACAAAACAAAACACACAGGAGGAAACCGAUGGUGACAUCAUCAACCUGCGUCAUUCAUAUCACUUCCUGGUACCACAAGGAAAUCCAAGUGUGUCUGUAAAAAGUUUUUUUCUCUUCAUUUUUUCUCUUUAGUUUGUUUGUUUUGCUUCUUUUUUUAAGUAUUGAUAUAAGUCUCCAGUAUCACUCUACUGUACUGUGUAGUUUUGCUGUUUGAUAUGCAAUUAUAUUUGUCAGUGUAAUGCAAGUUUUUUUGUGUCUGAGGGUAUGACCACAAUAUUAAUAUAUAUAUAUAUAAGGCGGAACGAAACACGCAAAAAAAAAAGACAAGGAGUAAAAUAAGACAAAUAUAUGGAAAACAAUGGUGUUAUUAAGAAACAAGUAUGUGUAUUGGGGCUCCUUCGCCACAGUGGGUUGAUGUUAAUCGUGCGUUCACGGGCAAUGACUGAUAUGGCAGGUUGUCAGGGGUGAACAGGGUGGGUGGGUGUGGGGACGAUGUACUUAUUCCCUUAUUGAACUUCAACACAAUGAAUAGGGGGUUGAGAGGGACUGGGAUUGGGAAGGUAGAUAGUACUGGAUGCACUGUGAUCACAGGAGUUAGGGUGAGAGAUUCUGACAUAAUGACAGUCAACUACAAUGUCAACAAAGCUGGGGAAGAAGAGAGAGAGAGAGAGAAAGAUGGUGGGCAAUGUUUCUGCAUUGAGUCUGUUUUCUCCUCUGUAAAGACUGUUUCAGUCACCUCUAACUGAUUCAGGACCACAAUGUGGUGGUGCUAUCCACCUGCUCAACCACACACACACACACACAUACACACACAAACUCAGACAUACACAAUGGUAAAUACACAUAGUCACAGACAUCCACAGACACAGUAUGUCUGUCUCUCUCACCAUAGUAUUACACUGAGGUCUGUACAUAGCUGCAGGCAGCCUAUAGACCUGAAGGUAAUUCUUCCUAAUUGAUGUUGUUCAAUUAAUCUAUAUAUUCCAAACAAAUGUGCUUGUGUACAAAAGAGAGUAUGUGUGUGAGAGAGAGAUUUUUUUUUUCUUUUGUAACUGGCUUUACAAAAUGCUUUAAUAAAUUAUUGGAUUUUAAUUUAAAUGUGUUUUGAUUAUUCUUUUGAGACAUUGGGACAUUUUUUUUAUGUUUUGUUUCAUGUAGUCCAUGUACACCUGUUAAGAAAUGGGUUUCAAAAAGUAUUACACAAAUACAAUAAAUUAUUAUAAAAUGCUUCGAUAUUCCUUA